UUUACAUGACUUCCCUCGCCGUUCAUGAACCGAGAAAUAAGGCCAAAAUACAAACGAGAUUUUCUGAGAAUUUCCAGAGCAACACACCAACAACAUGGCGGCCAAAAUAAAACUUUGAAACAAGUCUGCCGAUGUUUUGGUGAAUAUAUUUUUAUUGGGGUUAUAAGAUAAAAAUAACCAAGAUGGCCGGCAGAGAAAUCCACCCAACAGACCCCUCAGAAAAAGCACCAUUCAGAAUGGGGGUGUCCAGGAAGGUGGAGCUGAGUUUGAAACAAGAACUGGAUGAUCUGGCCAAGAAAUCACUCAGCGAAAUCUCAGCAUAUAAGCAAGCUAUGCAAAUGGAACCACUUUCACAUGAACAAAGAGUUUCUAAAAAAUUGGGCCCCGAGUUUGUGCCACAGAGAGUAAGAGAGAAGAGAAAAACACAGCCUUUAUUCCAUGGAGAUCUUCCUAAGGAUGCCAAAACUCCCAGGCCUCCUCCACCUGGCUCACUGCCAAGAUACAAUCCACUGGAAAAACUGGGGAAAUUCUCUGUUCCUGAAGAUAAGACCAAGAAAUAUCCCUAUUCCAAAGAGGAAGUGGUGACAUCUACAGAAAUGAAGAAACCCCACAUUUCAUCAGUGGGUGUUGUGCCAAGAGUGAGAGACAGUGCUGAAAUCAAGAACCUGAAAGUGAUGCUAGAAGGACAGCCAGUUAUUACCAUCACUGAUGAUGAUCAGUCUAUUGGAGCUAUUGAAAUAGCUAACACCACCCCCAUGCCUACAGAGACUGAGGAAGGACGUCCAGUCAGUCCACUCACUGGCCCCAGUGACCCCAUGACAGAGAAGAAACCAGCUAUCCUAGGACUACUGGGUACAACACAGAAAGUGACCUUUACAGAGAGAAUGAGACCCACUCCAAGACCCAUGUCACAGCUCAGUGAACUUGUAAAAAAACAAAGGAAAAUUUCAGCUGGCUGGAGAACCAGGACCAGAAGCGGUAAAAGCAUUGCCUCCUCUCUGCGCAGCACAGAGAUCAUCCUUCCAGAUGAGGCGGUGUUCAGUCAGUAUGAUGACGUGAUAGCUAACAUUGAUGCUGACGCCUCUUCGGGUCCCACCAAGAGCAGAGCCACCUCAGCGGGAGCUGAUGACCAGAGGAGUGUGUCCAGUACCAGCUCGGUGAAGUCCACCAAGGAACUUUUGGAUGAGGCACGUGAGAUUGCAGGUGGGGAAGCCAUCUACAGGAGACACAUGGCGCGGGAGACAGACAAGGACAGCAAGAGGUCAGACAGCAGUAAGAAGUCCACGUCAUCCAGGUCUGAUGGGAAGAGAGGGGCACCACAGAGGAAACAGCCAGUAGGCAAAGAGAAAGCUAGAGCUGCUGCUGCUGCUGCCCAGAAACAGGAGCCUAAACCUGUGAAAGAGGACAAGCCUAAAGAAGACAGAUCAGUGGAUGAGAUCAUUAAUGAACUGAGAAAACAGACGUCUGGGGCUGAGAGUGAAGCAGACAAAAAGAUCAAAGAUAUCAUGAACAGGGUAAUGUCAAGGGCCAGUGCUGUACUCAGUGAAAUUGGUGCCACAACAAACCUGACCACCCAGGAGGCAAUCAAGGAGGAAGAAGAGGACGAGAAUGGCUUUAGGGAGAGAGCGGAGAGAGAAGAGACACCUGGUGGUCGCAGCAGCAAGUCCUCACAACAUGUAGACACAUAUGACUUAAUAGUGCAAAGUGUCCUAGAUGGUGCUGAGGCUCAGAAGGCCCCAAGAAAGGCCCAGAGAGCCAAAACUGAUAUUUCAGCAAAGAAUGGGGAAAAGGCAGAGGAUUCAGAUGAAGAAAUCUCCUCACCAAUGCCAGAAUUUAUGAAAGGCCUGCCACCCCCAGCAGUUCAUGUCACUGCACCCACAGACAGCUCUGAUGCAGCAGGAGAGUCUGGGACAGACCCAGCCACAGCAGGGAGAACCAUGGAGAAAAUCCCAGAGGAAGGACAGGCGACAUCAGAUGAAUUCAAGCCUGACCUGCGACCUGUUACCGUGGAAACCACUGUGUCAGGCACCAUGAAGGAGGAUGAGGAAUCUGAGGAGGAGGAGGAGGAAGGGAGACCUAUGUUGUAUGCUGAGGAUCUCAAAAGGGCCUAUGAAGAUCUCCUGUUACCUCCCACAGUCACCCACGAGGACAUAGUGAGCAUCGAGGGUCAACCCUCUGCCCUCCAGCCACGCCAAGAGAAGGCAACCCUGGGGAAGACAGACACCAAGGUCUCUACCCAGCCCUCUGCUGUGUCCUUCCUCUCAUCAUGGGCACCUGUUGCACAGAAGGAGGAGGAGCCAUCCACGGGUCGGGAUUUGAGUAAGAAUAUCCACCAUUUCUGUACCACGCGGGAGGAUAUUCAGCUCCCAGAGCACCUGAGGGGUGUGGGCAGGAAGUAUCACACUCCAGCUAAGUAUGGGAUGCUGCCAGCUAUACCACUGGAGUACCACAGCCGUUCCCAGAGCUCUAUCAAGCCCAGCUCAUUCGACACUGCAGUCCUCCUGGCAGACCGCGCCCGGGAGAGGGACCACAUGGAACGAGAACAGUCCGCAGCUGCACAGAGAAUUCUUGAGGAGGCAUACCAGGCAGCUGCUCAGGGCCAGGAGUCACAGGGCCACCUCAGGGCCCAAGCCCAGCCCUCUGGCCUGCUCACCCUGGGGGGACAGUCCCAGCAGGGAGACCCAGACUCCUUUGAGGCAUGGCAGGCUAGAGCUCAGCAAGUGUUUGAUGAAUCAGACCUAUUUAUCUCCGGUGCCCAAAUGCCAAUCAAGAGUGACGAGUCUCGCCUCUACUGGACCCCUGCGCCGCCCAAGAUGGACGUCCCUCCAGCCAAAGUCCAGGAGCACCUGUUUGCUAACUACCACAGUGCUGCUCUUAUGGAGCAGGAGGAAGCUUCCCAGAUGCAUGACUCGGAGGAAGAAGAAGAUAUGGAGGAGGAGAGUAUUUGGGAUGACACGGAUCCGGAAGAUAGACUUGCUAGAGAGAGAGUCCUGCAGAGAAGACAUGACUCUGCGGCAGACAUCACCAAGCUGAUGAGGGCAGUGCUGGAGAAGGCAGAGGAGGAGGACAGGGAGGCAGAGAGGGCCAGGGAACAGGGAGAGACCCAGGCCGAGUCUCCACAGACACUGGUCAAGACAGACAGUCUGGCCACACUGACCACAGCCAGCUCUGGGAGCAGCUUCUUCUUCCAGCCCACUGUGAAACCAGCUGAAGAAGAAGAUAAAACUCCCAAAUUUCUAACUGAUGAUGAGAUAUUUCCAGUGUUCCCAAAGCCAAGGAGGACAAAUUCUAUGCCCAAUCUCUAUGGGGAUGAUGAGGACUUCCUGUUUAUACCGCAAGAUUUCAGUACAGCUAUGGAUGAGAUUACAAAGCAAAUGAAACAGAUCAAAGAAGCAAAACUUGGCAAGAAAACACCAGUUCAACAACUGCCAGAAGAAGUUAUUGAGAGUGAGUCAGGUGCCAAGACUGGUGUUGCAAGGACAAGAAGUCCCACCACAGAGCAGAGGGUAUAUACCAGAAAACAGGAAUAUGAUGACAAGCCCACUCUUGCUGAAGAGGCCUUGGAAGCGGGGAGAAAAUAUGUCAUGUACCCAAAAAGAAAGAAGAAGAAGAUGGUGCCCCUGGACAUGGCCAGACUGGAGGAGAUAGAGAGAUUCCUGGCCAUGCCUCCUGGAAAACUGGAGAGAACAGAAUCACUGCCCAAAGUCAAUGUGCCAGUUGAGAGGCUGCUACGAGUGCCUCAGUAUGUGAAAAACAAGCAUAGAAGAAGUAUACCAGAUAUACUGGAUUUUGAUUCCUUUGCUGAAAAAAGAGGAUACAAAGGAGAAGAUGAAAGAGAAUGGACUCGAGAUAUCUGGAAUGCUUGGUUUGAUGAGGUAUUUCCACCCACGCAGAGUGAGAGAGAUGAGGAUGAGGCCAGAGCCAUGAGCGCCAUGUCCAGCACCACAGACAGAAGUGUACGCUCUAAGGGGCAUGCCAGUGUUGUAAGCACCCACAUCUCUGAGGUGAUUGAUGAAAUUGAACCACUGGCAGAUACUGAAGAAAAUGCAGAAGCUAUUUUACUGCUCCAGGAUGAAGUUGAGAAAUUAAGUGAGCUUAUAAGCCAGAGCCCAACUCCCACUGCCUUUGAUCUCUGCAGGAGGGGGGCCAUAUAUAGGAAGCUUGGUCAGAUUAAGUUGGGCCUGGAGGACCUGGACAGAGCUAUAGCCUUAGAGCCUAUGUUACUGGAUGCUUACUGGCACAGGCAUCUGCUGCAUUUAUUGAAGGGGAAGAAAAACGAUGCGCUGGAAGAUCUCAACUUCCUAUUGCGGCACAGCAAGCAGCAUGCAGGGGCUUACAGGUCAAGAGCUGAAAUCUACCGUGAGUCUGGAGAUGUAACCAUGGCGAUAGUCAAUUUCAAUCAGGCUAUAAAGCUCGACCCUAAUGACCAUGAGGCUUACUACAGGAGGGCAGAGAUGUAUGAAAAGAGUGGAGAGAUGCGUCUAGCAUUGGAAGAUUAUGCCAUUGCUACCAGACUGGCUCCAGAGAAGACCGAGGCCUUGUUCAAACAUGGACUCUAUUAUUUCAACAGUCAAAACUGGCAGCCUUGUAUAAAUGACUUUACAGACCUACUAAAGGUGGAACCAAACAAUGCAGAGGCCAGGACAUAUCGUGGACGCGCCUUUGCCAAAAUGUCUCAAUGGACCCCAGCCAUAGAAGACCUCAGUGCUGCCAUUCACCUGGAUCCCAAUAACAGUGUGGCACAUUAUCAUAGGGGAUGCCUUCUCAGAAAAUUGCAACCAAAGAAAGCUCUUCAAGACCUGAGUGUAUCUAUUAUACUGGAUGAUGGGGACUCCAAUGUGAUGGCGUAUUUCCAUCGAGGCAUUCUCUAUAACUCAACUGGAAGGCCAGAAGAUGCCAUCCCAGACUUUGAGACUGUCCUAAAACUGGACAAGGACAUUGCCAGUGCCCAUGUCAACCUGGGGCUCAUCUAUAUGACACAGCUGGACAAUGUUCAGAAUGCCAUAAGGAAGUUCUCUGCUGCCAUUAAAGUGGAUCCCACCUAUAUACGAGCUUAUGUCUGCCGUGCUGAGGCAUAUCAUAGGAUUCAUGAUCAUAGAAAUGCCCUGUUAGACUUCACAAGAGCCAUUCAUCUGAAACCAGAUACACAUCACUAUUAUAUGUACAGGGGUCAGCUUGUCCUUGAGAUGGGAAACCUGGAACUGGCAGCUUUCUGUGUCAGACAUGCAUCAGAGUUGAAUGCUGGCUUGGGUCAGAGCCCCAUGCAGCAGGCUGUGGUACAGUCCUUCCUCAAGAACUAUGACAAGGCAAUUGGAGCACUGGAGUCUGCCACCAGACAGAAGCCAGUGGCUUCCUUAUUCACCCUGCUGGGUAAGACACAAAUGAAAGCCAAACUGUGGAGAAAUGCCAUUGGGAACUUCGAUAAGGCACUGGGCAUUUUGAAACCUUGGUCUGAUAAAGACUCAUGGCCACACGAGGCUGCAGAGGUGCACUAUCUGAUUGGCAUGUGUAAUAUGGAACUGCGCGGUUAUCUUGAAGCUCAUGAAGCAUUUAACAAUGCCAUCAAAGUGGAUGGCACUAAUGCUGAGGCAUUCUACCAGAGAGGACUGUCUAGAAUUCGCCUAAAACAAGGCAAAGGUAUUCAGGACUUCAACAGGGCUUUGGCAUUGGAUCCAAAGAUAUUCCAGGUUUAUCUGAGCAGAGCAGCCUACUAUGGUCUGAGAGGACAAUACAGCAAAGCCAUUCUCAACUGCAAUGAAGCCAUCAAACUACAACCAAACAGCGUUAGGGCAUACCUGUUCAGAGGGGCCCUGAAAUACCACAUCAAGGCAUACCAGCUUGCUAUACGAGACCUGACCAAGGCCACUAGUAUCGACAGCACAUGUGCUUUAGCCUACUUCAACAGAGCUGUUUGUUACCAUGACAGCAAGAACCAUGCAAAGGCACUGCAGGAUUAUGGGAUAGUUCUGUUGCUAGGAGAUGCUUUGAGACUCAAGGUUUUGAUCAAUCGUGGUCUGCUGUACUUUGACCGAGAUGACUACAGAAAUGCUCUGCAGGACUUCCUGCUGGCCGCAAAGAUUGAUGCCAAGAACUGCAAGAUCUACCACACCAUAGGGCUCUGCUAUCACAAGUUGAACUGCUUGGAGGAUGCUGUGAAAGCCUUCUCAGUGGCCCUGACUCUGGACAAGUUCUUCCUAGAGGGGUACAUUGGUCGUGGUAAUGUCCUCAUGGAUUACGGACAUGAUGCUGGCCUCAAGUUUGCAAGGCGUGAUUAUGAGCGUGCCCUGCAGCUGAACCCCAUCUACCUCCCUGCGCGUGUGAACCUCGCCUACAACCUCCAGGUGUGUGGGAAAUAUAUGCAUGCCUGGAGACAGUUCACUGCCGCCCUUACUGCUAACCCUUACUACAAGCCAGCACUAGAGGGCAGAGCUAUAGUCAACCUCCAGAUGAGUGAUACAUUUGCAGCAUUCCAAGAUAUCAAUGCCUCAGUAAGGGUGGUGCCCUCUGCUGAACUGCUCACCAACAGAGGGGUCAUCCAUCAGUUUAUGGGAGACAAGGCCAAUGCCAUGCGAGAUUACCAGCAAGCCAUCUCUAUUGACCCGUCCCAUGCCUUGGCCUACUUCAAUGCAGCCAACAUCUACUUCCAAAUGAGGCAGUUUAAACAGGCCCAUGCUCACUAUGACAAAGCCAUUUUGUUCAAUCCCAAAGAUGAGUCAGCACUUCUGAACAGAGCCAUUACUAAGGUGCUGCUGCGAGAUUCUGCUGGUGCCUUGGAUGAUUUCAAGGCUGCUGUCAAACUGAGCCCCCAUUCUGCUCAUAUGUACUUCAACAGAGGAAACCUGUACUCUUCCCUCAAACAAUUUGACAAAGCAGAGAAAGAUUAUACAAAAGCCUUGACUUUGCAACCUGAUGAUGCUCUGGUUUACAAAAGGCGUGCAGAUGUCCGUGGAAAGCUCGGGAAGAAAGCAGAAGCCAUUGCUGACUAUAAAUAUGCUAUCGAAAUCCAAAGCAAGAAAAGAGCCACCAUCGAUGCCAACUCUGUCACAUUCAAGCCUGGGUCACAUAGCAAAUGAGAUAGUAUUAAUAUAAGAGACCCCUGAAUGAAAGAGUUGCAGGUUUUGUUAACAAUAUGCAGUAAUAUACUCAUGAAUUCCAGGCCCACAAUUUACAGGGCUACAUGCAGAAAUAUUCCAAGAUUUCUAAGUAAAGACAAUUACCCUGUGGCCACAUGCACUGUACUGACAUUAAUCUGUGAUAUGAUCUCAGAAAUCCAUUAAUUCAAUCAUAAUGAAAAGUCCACGUAAAAUUUUGAUUUUGAUUAUUAUUAUAAAAACAUAUUUUAAAGGUGAAAUGACCAGGUUUUUUAAGAUGAGAGGUGAGAACAUUGUCAUAGUUUGGGACAAAUGAAUAGUAUACUUUAUUUGGGUGGGGAGGCUGGAGAGAGACACUUUAAAGGCGCCAAAACACCAAACCUAAAAUGCUGUGAUUAUGUACAGUUUUACAUUUAUGUUUCUUAUGUUAUAAAGUUUAAAUUUAUUUUUAAAAGUGUACAUACUUAUUGUAUAUAUGUACGUUGCUGUAUUUGUAGCAUAAAUACAUGCCUGACUAGAGCUACUGUUAUGUCCAUUUCUACUAAGUAUUAUAGUUAAAUGUAAACCUGAAAGUAUCCAUGGCUCUAAGCAAGGCAGACUUGCCAGAUUUUUUGUACCAUCAUUGUAAAAUUCUCAUUGCAGAGAUAUAAAUACCAGGAUGUUUAGAUGGCAGGUAAGUUUUGAUAUGUAAUUUAAACUGAUGGACACGUACUGUAGCAUAAUGGCCAGAGAGAGCUGUGCCAUUUACAAUGUCCAAUUCUAAAUACACAUUCAUGCUUAGUAUUAUUACAAAGUGAACAUGACAAGUCUCGUUUUUUAAUUUGCAGGCAAAUCUAUUCAUUUUCAAAUGUUGAUGUCCUUUCCAUCAACUUAUAUCAAUUUGGAACAUGUUAAUCAUUUGCUGAUGGACCUAGAUAUUUCAGACAACUGAUAAACUGCAAAAUUUAGUGAAAGCCACG